GUUUCCGCUACCACCCACAGGUGACCCCCGAAUACCCUAGUGGCGGCGGCGGGGAUGGAUGAGCGAAGCGGCGGCGGUGAGGAGGGCAUGUGGCCGUGGUGGGCAGCGGCGAGCGCGUCCCAGGCGGGGGCCGGGGUGGCCUGGUUCCGGCGGGGCAUGGGCGGCGCGGCGGUGGCGAUGCCGUUCAAGGCGUUCGCCAUCGCCUCCCUCUUCGUCGGCGCCGGCGCCACCGCCGUAGCCGCCGGAGUGCUCGCAGCGGGCGUCGGAUCGGUGGAGGAGAUGAAGGGCGUGGGCGCGAGCAUCCGGAGGUGGAUGGGAGCCCCUCCUCGCCGAGUGGAAGGAGACUAACCAGCAAGCGCAUUGCAGCUGUGAGCUUUCCUAUGAAACUAGAACGGCGAGAGCUGGAGGUGAUGCGGAUUGCUUCACUUCACAUCUGAGUGCUAGGCGUGUGUCAUUCUAAAUUUGAAGUGUAGAGGACUAAUAAGAUCACUGUUGUGCUACCUUGCAUCACAAGCUCAAAUUUUUUAUCUUGAAAUUCAGCUCCGCAUCGUUGAUUUU